GAAAUGAGGUAUAAUCCGGCCGAGUUUUGUACUCGCUCGUGAUGAUCGCCGGUAAUGGUUUAUGGCCUUAUAUCCAAUUUUAUCAAGAUAAAAAAAGAAGAAAAUCUAUAUAUUAGAUACAUGCACGAACGCGUCUAGAUUGUACAGAGAAACAUAUGAAACAACUAAAAUUUUGAAGCAUUAUUUCCACUAAAAUUCUGUCUAUAUAAGAUAUAUUAUAUAUGUAUGGAUUUACAAUCAAAAGUAAUAAUGAAAAUAACUGGCUCAUCGACUUUGGCGUUGAAAAGAAAAGUUCAUUACCUUGUUGUCGUUGAAGAAAAGCAAAACUAUGGUCGUUUGGCGGGGUUUAUUUAAAAAAAUAAAGGCAUAGAACGUAUAGGAAAGCUCGACGAGCUAAAUUAAAUGCAGCGCAUCUUUGAGCUUUCACAUACACUUCUUCAAUGAUAUCUAUAAAUAAAUACAUAUUUAUAUGUGUAAGUAUGGAUGUAAGUAUGUACGAGACUAGUACAUACACGAUGAUAUAUUCAUAUAAAAUAUAUAUAAUAUAUUUUUUGUUUUUUCAAAGAAAAACAAAUUUUUAUCUUUCUAUCUUUGCAAUGGUUGUUCAAAGUGAUCGCGCAUCAUGUCUAAGCAUCGACAGAUGAAAAUUAAAUUAAUUAUAUUAGUACAAUAACGUCGAAAGAAAAUAUUUAAUAUUUCAACAGAAUCAUGAAUAUAAAAAAAAAGGAAUGCAAAGGCUUUAUUCAUAAGGUCGCAAUCGUAAAACUGAAAUUAAUGACGAUGCGAAUAGCAGAAGCUGCACUUUGGUCAAUUGUAAUUUUUUGAUAUAUAUCUAUACUAGCAUCGUAAGUAUUGUAAUUUGUAAAACGAAAUCUCGUCGAUUGUCAGCCCUUCGUUUGUGUAUCGGGUAUAUGCAACAGUUUAUGAAAAAAAAACAUUGUUUAUUGCUUCGAUACACACGCUACAGUACGUAUGAGAGAGAAAUCACUUUUUUGUUGUUACGAAAAUGGAUAUAUAUUUUAAUCCCCCGAGAGAAAAUAAAAAUAAAAGACAAAUUCAGUUAUUCGAGCUAGCUAAGCCCCCAUCUUUGCGUUUAUAUAAGAAAAAAAAAAAUAAGACAAAGAUAAUUUAUCGAUUAAAGUUAUUUUUACAAAUCUAACGAUCGCUCGCUGUUACUCCUUUAUUUCUGCAAAAUGAUGUUGCCUUACCGAACUAACAUGCGAGUUUUUCGGUAACAUUGAAUAAUUGUAUGAUUUCUGAUUUUUCCUUGUUUUUCUGCAUGCUUUUCUGUAAUAGCGUAGAUUUAUAUAUAUUAUAUAAAAAAUGAGAAGUUUGACUAUAUACAUAUAAAUAUAUAUUAUAUAUAAUAUAAUGAUACAUACUGUAAGCAAUUAUAUUUUUGUAUGAUUUAGUUUCUGUUUUAAGCAUUUGAGAAUUUGUUGAAAAUAAACAAUACGUUUUUUAAGUAAAAAUGAAAAAAAAACGAUGAGUUGUCAUUAAUUCGAAUCGGAGCCGUGUUUGGCGCCUUGACUCCGCGAGAAACAAGUCAUGCCAAAAUCAGCGCAAGAUUCGCCAGAGAGAGGAGGUUAGCAAAGCGUAUAUUGGCAGACUGCGGCCGUGAAUAGCUGCGAAAGGAGGAGGAAGGGGUCGGUGCCGCACACAUCUGCUGCUGCUGUUGCUGCUGCUUGACUGCUUCGUGCAUGCUGGCGCGUGUGCCCCGACGUGCGGCGAGUUAGUUCACCACGGCGCAUCGCAAGAGAAACGCCGACGCGCGCUCCUCUUUUCUGCUACAAUUUCUGUACACACUCGCAAGAGCAGCGACAUCAACAAACAACAGCAGCAGCUGCACACUUGUUUUUUUUUUGGCAUCCGCUCCAAAAUCACUGUGUCUUUUUUACGUGCGUUUGAAAAGUUUUCUUUUCCAAGAGCCGAUUUUUGUGUGCAUCGCAGCGAUCUCGGACGGAGAUCGAUCAUUUCUCCUCAACGUGUGUUGUGACACAAGAAUAAUAAUCAAGCUGCCGUCCAUUACGUCUCGUACGAUCAAAUCGGAGUGUAAUUGAUUUUGCGAAGCGCAUAUUGUUCCGUUUCUUUUUUUUUCCCCUUACGUUCGAAUGGUGUGAAUCGUGCGCGCCUAUGAUCCAGUGGAGUGUGCUGCAAUAAAACAGCGACAACAGAGCGACUCUUUUUUUGUUUGUUUUUUUAAUCUGCUCGUUUACAAGCUCUCUCCGCCGAGCGAGAGGAGAAAAAAAGUGUGUUGGUCGCACAUUCGCAUAUCAAAAAAGUUGAAGGAAUAAAAGAAAGAGGAGAGACGAGCAAAUUCGUCGGGCAUUCGAUACUCGGCGUAUACGUAUAAAAGGGAGGAGAUCUUUAUAAGAAAUGGCCGAGAGCAAAGGAGCAUUGAUCGCCAAGAGUGUACAGAAGCACGCCGGUAGAGCCAAGGAAAAGUUUUUACAAAACCUUGGCAAAGUCGAUAGAACGGCCGAUGACAUAUUCGACGAGCAUCUGCAGAACUUCACGAAGCAACAGAACGCGGCCAAUCGCCUGCAAAAGGAAUUCAACAACUACAUAAGAUGCGUCAGAGGAGUGCAGGCGGCCUCCAAGUCGCUCAUGGACGCGCUGAACGAAAUCUACGAGAGCCAAUGGACAGGCCACGACAUGCUUUACGUGCAGUCACAGAACCUCGACAUACUGUGGCAGGACUUUGCCCACAAAUUGGGCGACGGCGUCCUCGUGCCGCUCAAUACGUAUCAGAGCCAGUUCCCCGAGAUGCGGAAAAAGAUCGACAAGAGGGGCCGCAAGCUCGUCGACUUCGACAGUCAGCGCCACAGCUUCCAAGCGCUGCAGUGCAAUCCAAAAAAACGCGACGAGCUCAAGGUGUCGCGCGGCAAGGAAUUGCUCGAGGAGGCCAAACGUACCUACGAGCAGCUCAACAGCGAGCUGCAUGACGAGCUGCCAGCGCUCUACGACUCGCGCGUUCUAUUUCUCGUUACCAAUCUCCAGACGCUAUUUGCGGCCGAGCAAGUCUUCCAUACCGAGAGUGCCAAGGUUUUUUCGGAACUCGAGGCUUUGGUCGAUAAAUUGGCCAACGACAGUCAGAGAGGAUCUUAUAGCAUGAAGAAAAAUACGUUGCCUCAGUCGCCCAAAUCGCCCAACGCCAACUCGUCCUUAAUCAUCAACACACAGCCGACUCAGAACAAUCAUCAGGUAUCAGCAGCAGCGCUGGACGACUGCUCGGCAGAAUCGCGCGAUGACUCGACAAUAGGUUCGACAACGACAAUCAGCACCGGCGCACCGAUUCAACAGCAGCAGCAGCAACAGCAGAACCAGCUUAACGGCAACGCUAACGCUAACGGCUGCUCGAGCGCUGCUAGCAACGGAAUAAGCAACGGCCCUACUAGCCACCCCGAGUCGCCCGUUAAUAAUCGAGACCACGAGACGCUGCCACUUAACGAUGCCGAUAACUCGGCCAAACGCGUCGAGGAACACUACGACAUACCCGUCGACGUGGAAUAUGAAAAUGGUAUCCAUUUAUCUACAGGGGCGACAACGGACAAUCUUCCGCCAGGCGUACUCUACAGGGUUAAGGCCACCUACAAAUAUCAGCGCGAAGAUGUCGACGAGCUGUCGUUCGAGGUCGGCGAAAUCAUACGCGUCGUCGAGUACGACGAUCCGGAAGAACAGGAGGAAGGCUGGCUGAUGGGAAUCAAGGAGGGCACGACGGAGAAGGGAAUGUUCCCGGCCAAUUUCACGAAACCGCUGUGAAGCGCCGCAACAGCAGCAGCAGCCACUACUAAUAAUUCUAUUACUACUACUGCAGUCGCCGAAUUUUCUUCGCCUCGAACAUGAAAAACGAGCUGUAUAAAAGAAAUUGUAUCAAAGAACGAUGAAGCCUGCCACGUCAAUUUCAUCUUCAUGCCUGUCUCACGAUAUAAAAUAUACCAAUCACUUUUUAUAUACACAUAUAAAUAUUGUAAUGUAUCGGUCUCGAGAAGUGCCUUAAACUAACAAGCAAGAAAAAAACCAAGCAAACAGAAUUGCCAACUUUGUAAUUGUUCUGUACAUUAAGUGAUCAAUCGAUCGUGUGCCAAUCGACGACGAUUUUACAACAAUGUAUAAAAUUAAUCGGCCUUUCUUUCUCUUGCUCCCUUAUCUAUAUGAUACAUAUAUAUCGCAUACGUUCACAUGUUAUGUGUAAUUAUUUGUCCAGGAAAAACGAUCUAUAUGCACACACCAAUCGCGUACUUUCCUUCAACUUUUGUGCGAAUUACAAAAUGCACUUUUAUUAACCACAAUAUGUACAGAACUGUGCUUUGUUGUCUCAUUCGUAUCAAAUGAAAAGUUUUAAAAAUGUUGAGAAAUCGCUCACACCAUACAAAUUUGUAUUUGUUGCAUUUUGGAUAACAUGAAAUAAACAUUACUUUCAUCGAGUGAACGAUUACUCAUCGAUUUGUAUCUUUUCUUCUUCGAUACAUUUGAGAUUAGUUAUAUAUAAAUAAAGAGAGAGAGAGAGAGAGAGAGAGAGAGAAAUAAAACCAUAUAUCAAGCUCUGAAAUAAUCAUGUAACAGUUGUACUCGCGUGUGAGCCUGUUUUGUGUGCAUGUAAAUCAUACUAUUACUACUUUUACUUUUAGUAAUUAUUAUUUUACUAUCACUAUUAUAUUUGCAAUCGCAUGGAAUUUCAUGUGAAUGAAAAAAAAAUGAUUAGAGAUUUAUAAAGGUAAAUGAAUGAUCAAACAAAUACACGCUCAACAUGUAGCGUCGUUGAGGCCGAAGUUAAAGAUACUGAGAAACUAUAAUACAAUGAAAGUCUCUAUAUUAAUUAAUGAUAAAAAAUUAAUAUACUUUUAUGAAUUUGUACAUAGAACCAUGUAAAUCUUAAGGAAACAUAAUCGAUGUUUUAUUGGAGCGAAUCGUCCAUCGAUGUAUUUUAAGCAAAAUUUACAUGCCUCUUUUACAAGCAUGUGCGAUUCUCAUAUUUUAUUUUUUUUUUCUUUACUUAUUUAUUUAUUUAUUUGCUUUAUUAGAUGGACGAGUCGCAAUUUCAGCAUAUUUAGUCCGAGAGUAAGGAUAAUGAUUAUUCAUAAUGAUAUACUUUGCUGAUGGAAGCAAUGCGUUGUCCAGUGUGUCCUAUAUAUAAUGAGUUAGGAAUCGAAAUUUAAAUGAAUGUAUUUUUCAAUUGAUCGUUAUCAUUUUUAAUGAACUGAAUGAUAAACGGACAGAACGGGGAAAAACUACCUUUCGUAAUAUUUUAAUCUAUUUUGCGUUUAUUUUUUUCUACCAAGUUUGUAGAAAAAUUUAAUGAUUAUUAUACAUAUUGUAUUUGGAGCAGCCGUUAACUACCUUUUUUUUAUUGCGUCAUGGUGUUUUACUGAACUAAAAAGUACUCUGUUAUAAGAUAAUCAAACAAUUUAUCGUAUGUACGCUGCUAAUUUUAAGAAAUUAAAAAAGUACUACAAGUUUUGCAUCAAACCUUUGUAAUAAAAGAAAUAUUCAUAUGAUAUAUGACAAUAUAAACUUACGAUAAAGAAACGCGUAAACAGUUAUAGAACCAAGCGAGUCAAAAAUCGCGAGUCAACAUCACAUAAAUAUGUUCAUCUUCCGUUGAAUCAUUUAAGGAAACGGCAGAUCGUAGUCAAGUUCAAUUGUUCUUUUAUACAAAUCAUCAAAUGUUUAUAAUUUAAAAGAUCGACUAAUUGUUACGCCUUAUGAGAAGUGUGUAAAUGUUAUUCACGUCUUCGAAACAGUAAAAUGCCUAUUUUACAAGAAAAAAAAAAGAAAAAAAUUGUUUUUCGUAAAGUAAAUUUUUAUAAAAUUUUACACCGAUAUUUUGGAUGUACAAUCAUUGUAAAUGAAAGUUUUCUUUCAAAAGUGAGUGCCUGAGGUACUUUUCACGAUUAUUCAGCUUUGAACAUGCACUCAUGAAUAUUUAAAAAAAAUAUAUAUAGAGAGAUUACGUAUGAACAAAAUAAAAAUAAGAAAAAUAAUGAAAACGUCGGUGUAACUAUGAAAUCGAUCGUUGUUAUGUCGUUUGUCAGAUAUAUGUCGUGUUGUCUAAUUUUAUUGUAGCCAUACCUGCAGAAAAAUAUAUAACCUUAGAAUAAAGUAUCAUGAGUAAAGUAAUAAGUAUAUGAUAAUUGCAGAACAAUAAAAUAUUAGCAUGUGUCUGCUAA